AUGACACUAACAGUAAGACCACUAUCAUCUUUGGAUGUUAAUUCCAUCUUCAAGGUUGUUUCAAUUCAAUGCUCUGUGAUGCCGGAGAAGGUGAUUGACAUAUCCGCGCUUUUUCCUGAGAAAAUUGAAAUAAAAGAAUGCCAUGGAAGAAGAGAGGAAGUUAACCGAGAUGACUUAUUAAAUGUGGAUGACAAAAACUGGAAUACAAUUGUUUGCAGACGAUGUGGUUCAGUCAUUUUUCCAGAAGAUCGCGUCCAAUACAUAGAAGGCGAGCUCUAA